UGUUUAGCACUGGAACAAGGACGCCGCGCGCUGACUUCACAUCUGGUCACAUGACGUAGUGACGCCGGAAGGUUCCGCCGGGGCCUCAAUAUCCGAGAAGCUUCAUAGAGAACACCGGGGAGGAAGAGAGAAAAGGAGAGAGAGCGAGCUGGAUGGCUGGUUGUGGUGAAGUUAGCCACUCUACAAACAUGCUGCCCACAAAUAAGAAACUGGGCGAGCCCUGUUCCAGUGGCGCACCCUCUCUUACAGUGCCUGAGUGUGCUAUCUGCUUACAGACCUGCGUUCACCCAGUCAGUCUUCCUUGCAAACACAUAUUCUGCUAUCUGUGUGUAAAGGGGGCUUCAUGGCUUGGAAGACGUUGUGCGCUGUGCAGGCAAGAAAUCCCAGAGGACUUCAUGGAGAAGCCAACAUUGUUGUCCCCAGAGGAACUGAAGUCUGCUAGUCGAGGAAAUGGGGAAUAUGCCUGGUAUUAUGAGGGCAGAAAUGGGUGGUGGCAAUAUGACGAGAGGACAAGCAGGGAGCUUGAAGAUGCAUUUACAAAAGGCAAAAAAAACACAGAGAUGCUGAUUGCUGGCUUUCUUUAUGUCGCAGACUUUGAAAACAUGGUACAGUAUAGACGCAAUGAACAUGGACGCCGUAGAAAAAUGAAAAGAGACAUUGUAGACAUGCCAAAGAAAGGUGUUGCUGGGUUGCGGCUAGACUGUGAUGCAGCCAAUGUUAAUGCAGCACGAGAGAGCUCAGCUGAUGGUGCAGACAAUCUCGCUGCACUUGGAGCUACGUCAGGCCAGCCCACUGCAGUGUUACCUGUAAGGCCACUUACAUCCUUGGGUGGUCAGCCUACAAGUCCACUUCUACCACAUACUGAUGGAAAUACUCAACUGGAGAACUCCUUUUCACAACUUCAAAUUGGAGAUGUAUCUGGAAGAAAUAAUAUUGGGGAAGGUGAGGAGGGCCUUCCACUACCUGGUGUCAGGGUGCCAGUUCCUGAUGCUGCAGUGGAUGACCCUGAAUCAGAUGAGAACAGUGACCAAGAUGUUUCUUCUCUGCGAUUGAAUGCAUUUGGUGUGCCACAGAGACUUUCAUUAAUAGGUGCUACUCAACCCUCCACAGACCAUACAUCUGCAGGAGCUCUGGGUGCACAAAAUGUAAGCGUGAGAUCCAGACGGCCUGAUGGACAAUGCACAGUGACCGAGGUCUAAACACUGGUCUACAGAGAGAAAGAAAGUCCACUUUUAAUGAUCUUUGUAGACCUGAGUUGCUUUAGAAUUGAGCUCUGAUACAGUAGCUAUUUGGGUUAAUAAAAUGAUUUAAGAAAAAUACUGACCAUUAACAUGAAGUAAACUUUGUUUUUAAUCUGGAAGAUCUAUUUAUAAGUAAAGCAUUAAAAGAACUGAGGUGGUUAAACAAUUGAGUGCUGAAAGGGCCUCAUGAUGGUUAAUUUCUAAGCUGGGCUACAUCAAACUUUAUAGGUCAAUUGAGAGUAUAGGUUCAAUGUUUCUUCUGGUUUAGCCAUGCUUGGUAAAUGUAACCUCAUAUCCCCCUCCCCCCAAAAAACAGCUGUAGUUGUAAUUGUUGGUUUUAGCAAGAAAGAACAUAUUUUAAGGACUCCCAAUUUCUGCUUACUUGCACUAUUUAUUACAUUUGUGUCCAUAUGCAAAAAGAACAGUAAUGCGAUUACUAGAUUGAUCACAUUAUCCAUCCCCUUUCUUUCAUACUGUGAAGUAAGAGACAUGUACAGUCUUCCCUCUAUCAGCUGCAAUUUAAUUGAGAUCAUUUCAACACUACAAGAGUUAAACUUCUCGUACCACUCCAUCUCUACCUGUCAUUCAUGUAUGUCUGUUUAUCUGUCCUGGCUUCUUAAUGCGAAGUUGUUAAUAUGACUAACAAACUUCCAUAUUAAAUCUAUUCUAACGGACUGUUCAUUAUAACAGGAAAAAAAAAAAAAAACACUUUCUUCCAACUCUGUUGUAUAACUUUAUCUUCUCUCAUUGUGUAGCUUGAUGUGUUUCAUGAGCAUUUGCCACUGUGUGAUUGUUAAAUUUACUCCUUCGGUGAUAGAGGACCAGUACAACUAAUUUAAAGGACCUCAUUACCAUUGAAGCUCUGGUGUAUUUCAGUCUCUUCUGCAUGGGUUUGAAUGCAAGAAAGAAUGUAAAAAAAAUAUAAAAAAAUGUACAAAA